GAUAUUCUACGCUGCUGCGUGAGAGUAGUCGCUGUUUCUGCUGAUAUUAAUGCCCAUCAGGAAACGUUUGAUACAUUUAAAGGAGCGAUUCACGCAAAAAGAAGACAAUGGUGCUGGUGAUGAUGAUGGGAAAAUGCCAUUCCUGGGAAAGCUCUUCGACAAAAAGCGCAAGCGGAAGCCAGCAACUCCUAGUGCCGAAGAGGCUAUCAACAAUCUUCGUGAUAUCGAAGCUAUUCUUAUGAAAAAACAAGAAUAUUAUGAGCAAAAAAUAGCAGACGAGGUUGCAACAGCGAAGAAGCACGGGACAAAAAAUCAAAAACUUGCCUUAGCGGCUUUAAAGCGGAAAAAGCAUCACGAAACUGAAUUGUCACGAAUUGACGGGGUACUGAUAAAAAUUGAAGCACAGCGAGCUGCUUUGGAAGAUGCUGGCCUCAAUAUGGAAGUACUUGGUGUGCUUGAUCACACAACUAAUGCUCUGAGACUUGCUAACCAAGAUAUGGACAUCGACAAGGUUGGUGAACUUAUGGAUAGCAUAGCCGAAGACCUUCAACUAUCGGACGAGUUUGCAUCGGCUAUCAGUCAACCAAUAGGCGAUGUCGCAGACGAGGAUGAAUUACUAAAGGAGUUGGAAGAACUCGAAAAGGCCUCGAUCGCCGAUAUCCCGGUUGAAUUACCCGAAGCUCCUAGUGGUCCGAUUACUCGAGCGCGCGCGAGUCGCGACAAGCUGCGUCGAAUGGACACGGAGAUGGAGGAGCUGCAAAAAUGGGCUGCGGCUAACUAGACGCAUUCAGCCGCAAUCACGCGAUGCUUGUUAUUGGUGCAUAUUAUUUGGACAUGUCACUUUGUUAAGCUGUUUAUGUGUUGAUUGCUGAUUUAUGUAGUUUGCCUUCGUAGCCGAUGCUAGCAGCUUUAUGCAAUUUUAAAAUUUUUUGGAUAAACAUAUUUUUA